GCCGGUUUUGUGAUACACGACGACAGCAAGCGAUCGCGUGGCCCAAGUCACUCAACUGUCAGUCAGAGGAAACGCCGUCCUCGGUUGCCCUUCCGCCGUCGUCCAAGCUGGCUCCAACACUGCUCGCUGUCCUGACCUCAAAGCUUUCCAGGUCAAAGCCACCGUCCUUGCAGUCUCGGUCAGCCUUACCCGAAUCCCAGACCCAGACCCAAUCGAUGGGUCAACAACAGUCCAAAAAGGCCAAAAAGGGCGGCAAGGAAAGGGAGGGAGACAUCACCCAGGACAGUGCUGUAACUGACCUGCCCGAUCCAACCCCGCAUGGCGGUCCCACUCGCACGACUGCUCACCCCAGUCUUUCCCAGAGUGCCUUGCACGAAUAUGAUGCUGUGCGUAGCGAAGCAAACAUCCCCACAGAUUUGCAGGAAGAUGACGCAGGUUCCGGAAAUGCUACUGGGCCGUCCGGUUCACCCACCGUGCAGAGCUCUAACAUAUCCAUACCCCCGAACAGUGCACCACCUUCUUUACCAUUGUCCACCUCGGCGCCUCCGACCUUAAGCCCGUCCAUGAAGCCAUCUCCCGCACCCCUUGACAUACCUUCCACACAGACUAUACUCUCAAAUACUAUCUCUUCAUCGUUCACUCCUGGGUCGACUGCAAGCAGCUUCCCUUUAAACGAUUCUCUAAGCCCUACAGGCAACGGAGGAAAGGAUAAAGUGAAACAAUUGGACAUCGACGACAUGAUCCAACGUCUUCUAGAUGUGGGUUACACUGGGAAAGUUAGCAAGUCUCUGUGUUUAAAAAACGCGGAGAUAGUUGCUAUUUGCCAAACAGCUCGCGAGAUCUUUCUUAGCCAGCCAACCCUUAUCGAGUUAUCCCCACCCGUCAAGAUUGUAGGCGAUGUUCAUGGACAGUACUCCGACCUCAUACGUUUGUUCGAAAUGUGCGGAUUUCCUCCGGCAGCUAAUUACCUCUUCCUUGGCGACUACGUGGAUCGGGGGAAGCAAAGCCUGGAAACAAUUUUGCUGCUGCUAUGCUACAAAAUUAAGUUUCCGGAGAACUUUUUUCUCCUUCGAGGGAAUCAUGAAUGUGCGAACGUCACGCGAGUAUAUGGGUUUUACGACGAGUGCAAGCGAAGAUGUAAUAUCAAGACCUGGAAAACAUUCAUAGACGUCUUCAAUUGUCUGCCUAUCGCAGCUGUGGUCGCUUCCAAAAUCUUUUGCGUACAUGGCGGUCUAUCGCCGUCACUACACUCCAUGGACGACAUCAAACGCAUACAGCGACCCACGGAUGUGCCUGACUAUGGUCUUCUGAACGACUUACUAUGGUCUGAUCCAUCAGAUACCGCUCUAGAUUGGGAGGACAAUGAACGUGGUGUCAGCUAUUGCUUUGGGAAGGCAGUCAUCAAUGAUUUCCUUGUGCGAUACGACAUGGAUCUCAUCUGUCGUGCACACAUGGUCGUAGAAGAUGGUUAUGAAUUCUGGAAUGAUCGGACGUUGGUCACCGUUUUCAGCGCUCCGAAUUACUGUGGCGAGUUCGACAAUUACGGUGCAUGCAUGAGCGUAUCGGAGGACUUACUAUGUGCAUUCGAAUUGUUGAAACCUUUGGAUGGUCAUGCCUUGCGGAAGGAGAUGACCAAGGCCAAACGGAAGAGCUUAAUGGCGACCGCAACAUGAUCGUUAGAGGCUUGCUUUUAAGUCACUUCAAUAGGACGGCUAAACGACAGUCGUCCAUACUGCUGGUUGGACUGUUCUACAUAUCCACGUGUCUCUAUGUACAGCUUCGGCGGAUGCUUGGUUGCUCACCGAUUCUAUCUUCGCACUCUUGCGCUAGGCUCCACGCGGCUUAAUAGCUACGCAUCCGUUCCGAACCGGCUUCUCGUUGCACGCUCGUUUAUGUCGGAGGUACAAAUUUGUAAUUCAC